AGCAGCAUGUAGGCGACAAAGCAGCAAGGAGGCGUCCUAUGAUCAUUUAAGCGAGUUUUAUGACAAGGUUGGUGAGGAUGGGAACAAUCUUACAUUUCUGUGCAAACUUUGCCCACCGGCUUUCAAAAAGAAAAUCCGCACUUCAGUCACGUCCUCAGCAAACCUGAAACGGCACAUUGAACUGAAGCACCCAGUUAGCCUUUCAAGGUAUGUGCAAGCAAAUAAAAAAUCAAAAGACAGUCAAGACAGAUCCUCGACCCAUAUCCCAUUAACUGCAUACAGUAACGGCUACGUUGUCAUCUCCCAGCCGCAGCUGGAUAACUUGGUGGUGCAGUAUAUUGUCGGAGACUUGCAGCCUUUGAGGAAAGUGGAAAGCCCAGCUUUCAUAAACUUAAUUAAGGGGUUGCAGCCAUCCAAAAAGGUGCCAUCGAGAAAGAAAGUACAGAUACUGUUAAACAAGAAAUAUAAAGAAAACAUGUGUGAACUUAUGACUGAACUGUCUGAGAUCGAUGCGGUGUGUACAACAGCAGAUUGCUGGUCUGCUGUGAACAAGGCAUUUAUGGUAAUCACUAUCCACUGGCUAAACAAAACAGACGUUUCGAAGAGACAGUCUGCAGUACUGGCAUGCCGGCGAAUUAAAGGAGCACAUACACAUGAUGUAUUGGCAGAAUUGUUGACAGAUGUCAACAAAGAGUUCAAAAUCCACAACAAGGUUGUGUGUACAGUGACAGACAAUGCUGCUAAUUUUGUCAAGGCAUUCAACUGUUUCAACUUUGAUCAAACUGAAAGUGAAGGUAAGGAUGAACAAGUGUCAGCCUUUGCUGCUGCCAGUGAGAGCUCAGACGAAGAUGAGAUGGAGCCUGAGCCUCUCUCAGGUCUGGAACAUCCCUCUCUCCCCCCUCACAGACGGUGCAUGGCACACACUUUGAAUCUCGUGGCCAAAGACACAGAAAAAGUUAGUGAUAAACGUUACAGAACGAUGUCGAGGGAAGUCUUUGCCAAAGCAUCUGCACUGUGGAACCUGGUCAGGCUAUGUACAAAGACUUCUGAUGCUGUGGAGGAAAAGCUUGGAAUUGGCUUUGUUGUGACAAAUGACACAAGAUGGAAUUCAGUCUUUCUUGCGAUGGAGCGACUGUCUCGCAUGGCAAAACUAACUACGAAGGCAGAAAUGAACGUGGCUGAGGUCACCCCUAAAAAUGAUGCCACUCCCUUACACGAUGAGCUCCUUUUGCAUACUGUGAGUGACGAGUUCGGCUUUCGCAGAUUCUCUCCACAGGAAGUCGAAUUCAUUCACAUGUUUGUGGAUGUGAUGAGGCCUUUGGCACUAGCACUAAACAUCCUCCAAGCAGAGAAGAACGUCUUUCUUGGCUACCUGGCUCCAACCAUUGUACAGCUGCAAUGUCACAUGAAUGACCUCUUGGAUGAGAGCAGAAAGCCCACUGCAGCAGCGGGUCUCAUUACAUGCCGACCUCUCAUAAAGAGUAUCUUGGAGUCACUGAGCACAAGGCUGGCAGGUCUUCUGGAGAAGAGGGAACAUAUACUCUCUGCUAUGCUGGUGCCAAGAUUCAAGCUAGACUGGGUCCAAGAUGAGGAGAAAUGUAUGCAGUACAGAUUGAUGCUGAAAAGAGAAUUUCAAACCCUCAACUCUGAUGACUCAGCUGCAAGAGACUCUGGUCAAGCCCAGUCCAGUGGUGGAAGUGACAAAAAGGAUCCUGCAGCGUCAUUCUUCAGAUUUAACAAAAACACUCAGGUUAAUCAAAAAUCCGAAGUGGACGCCUAUCUGGAUGCCCCAACCACAGAUGGGUUUGAUGAAUACAUGCAUUUUUCAAAGCUCAGAAGGCUGUUCAUAAAACACAACACUGCCCUGCCCUCAAGCGCUCCAGUAGAGAGGCUUUUCAGCAUCGGUGGUCUAAUAUUAAGACCCAGGAGAAACCGGCUGGGAGAUGCCAACUUUGAGAAGCAGUUGAUCUUGAAUGCCAACAAAAAGAUUUGAAGGAAGCAAACAACAGCAGAUCCACCAGGGAGAGACCACUGUGACCAAUGACAGAAGAUCUUCAUUCAGAUAAGAGAAAAUAACUCUGUCCUUGGCCAUGCAAACUUUUGUGUUAUUGUUAUUUUAGUUAUGUAUGUGGACUGUAACCAGUGACAGAUAUUCAUUUAGUUAAGGUAUUUUCACUUACUGGACAGAAAGUAGAAACACUGUCCAUGGCCUUGACUCUUUUACGUUAUUAAUAUUAUUCUUAUACUUAUAAUUUUUUUUACUUAUUCAUCGGGCAAACAAGCCAAACAAUCUAAAAGUGCCUCAAUAAUGUUGCCAUAUGAAGAUGAAAUCAGACACAUAGUUUCAGCGUUAAACUAAUAAAAUAAUUGCUGUCUGUGGUUCUACAUGGGCUUUGGAAAUAAUUGAGAAAAAUUAUAGCUCGCAACAUAUUGAAAAAAAGAACUGAACUAGUUAAUUUUUUGGAGCUGUGAACUUAGUUCAAAAUGUUUAAUUAUGAACUGAACUAGUUCAUUUAAAAUUUGUGAACUAUGAACUGAACUUGUUCAUUUAAAAUUUGUGAACUAUGAACUGAACUAGUUAAUUUAAAAUUUGUGAACUAUGAACUGAACUAGUUAAUUUAAAAUUUGUGAACUAUGAACUGAACUAGUUAAUUUAAAAUUUGUGAACUAUGAACUGAACUAGUUCAUUUAAAAUUUGUGAACUAUGAACUGAACUAGUUCAUGUAGAAAGUGAACUUUCCCAACACUGUCCACCGGGGCCAUUGCCUCAAGCCGAGGUGAGGGUCUGGGCUAGCAUCGAGUGAAGAAGCACGUUUGCUAAUUAAUUGUUAUUCUGCAUACUUAUUAUUAUUAUUAUUUUAAAAAUUAAUUUUCCUCCCACUUUUUUCCGCCGCCUACUAGUUUCACACAGUUUAAGCUGGAAUUUUUUUUCCGAUCAGCUCGACCAGCUGCCGAAACGGCGCUUUCGAGGCACCUUCGCAGCCGGUGUGGUCGAUCCCAUUUGAUAACAUGGGCGCCGAAAGAAAAAAGGCGGCGCUUCCAGGCGCGUCGCAGCAGAUCGCAGGCAGUGUGUCCCAGGCGUUAGUCUCCUUAGCGUUAUAAUUUGUACAUUCUGUGGGACUGUUUGAUCUAUACAAAUUAAGUGGUUGCACCAGAGAAUAUUAGAGAUAUUACAAUAUCUGUAAUAUGUUUGAAAGCAUUUGAGUUGUGUAUUAUUCCUUUGUGUAUUAAAUACAUCAGUAAUUGUAUCCUUCUUUAUUUCCUCACACAUCCAAAUUCCAAGUAUGUCAUUGUAUACUAAUUCAGCUGGAUAUUCACAAUUCGGACAAAGUGAACCGUCUCUCACAAAGAAGAGAGAAGUAUCAGAAAAAAGUGAAGCAUUUUAUUUUAACCGUUGGGCUGUCUCAGACCCCCCACAUUGCAAAGGUUAAAAGAAAAUUAUUUUUAUUUGUUUUUGUAUUGGGUAAAAUUGGG